AUGGGCACGAGUGAGGCAGUCUGGGAGAACAUGGCUCGCAUGUGUGUGAAGACUCAGAGGUUGGAUGUUGCCAGGAUUUGCCUGGGGCACAUGGGCCAUGCGAGGGGAGCCAAGGCACUGCGCGAGGCGGAGCAGGAGCCAGAGCAGGAGGCCAGGGUGGCUGUGCUGGCCAUCCAGCUGGGCAUGCUGGAGGAUGCAGAGCGACUGUACAAGGCUUGCAAACGCUAUGACCUCUUGAACAAGUUCUACCAGGCCUCCAACCAGUGGCAGAAAGCCAUAGAAACAGCUGAGGCUCACGACCGGGUCCACCUGCGCACCACCUACUACAACUACGCCAAACACCUGGAGGCAACCGGCGAGCAGAGCCUGGCACUCACCCACUACGAGAAGUCAGACACGCACAGGUUCGAGGUACCCCGGAUGCUCUCUGAAGAUUUACAAGCCCUGGAGAACUAUGUCAACAAGAUGAAAGACAAGAGCCUGUGGAAGUGGUGGGGGCAGUACCUGGAGAGCCAGUCAGACCUGGAAUCUGCACUGAAGUACUACACACUGGCUCAGGAUUAUUUUUCCCUGGUCCGUAUCUACUGCUUCCAGGGCAACGUGCAGAAGGCUGCAGAAAUAGCCAAUGAAACAGGGAACUGGGCAGCAUCUUACCACCUGGCACGGCAGUACGAGAGCCAGGAGGACAUCAAACAGGCUGUGCACUUCUACAGCCGCGCACAGGCCUUCAACAACGCCAUCCGCCUCUGCAAGGCAAACAAGUUAGAUGAUCAGCUGAUGAACCUGGCCCUCCUGAGCUCCCCAGAAGACAUGAUAGAGGCAGCCUGCUAUUACGAGGAAAAGGGGGAGCAAAUGGACAGAGCUGUCAUGUUGUACCACAAGGCAGGACACUUCUCCAAAGCCCUGGAGUUGGCUUUUGCCACGCAGCAGUUUGGGGCCCUGCAGCUCAUUGCUGAGGACCUGGAUGAGAGGUCAGACCCAGCUCUGCUCGCUCGCUGCUCCGGGUUCUUCAUCGAGCACGCGCAGUAUGCCAAGGCACUGGAGCUGCUGCUCACGGCCAAGAAGUACCACGAAGCUCUGCAGCUGUGCCUGGAGCAGAACCUGACCAUCACUGAGGAGCUGGCUGAGAAAAUGACAGUCUCCAAGGACUCUCAGGACCUCUCCGAGGAGUCCCGGCGGGAGCUGCUGGAGCAAAUUGCUGAUUGCUGCAUGAGACAAGGCAACUACCACAUAGCCACCAAGAAAUACACACAAGCAGGAAACAAGUUAAAGGCUAUGAGGGCACUACUGAAAUCUGGAGACACUGAGAAAAUUAUCUUCUUUGCUGGAGUUUCUAAACAGAGAGAGAUUUACAUCAUGGCAGCAAACUACCUGCAGUCACUGGACUGGCGUAAGGAUGUAAAGAUUAUGUCAAACAUCAUCAGCUUCUACACCAAAGGGAGAGCUCUUGACCUCCUGGCAGGUUUCUAUGAUGCAUGUGCCCAGGUGGAAAUUGAUGAGUACCAGAACUACGAGAAAGCCCACAGAGCACUGGCAGAAGCAUACAAGUGCCUUGCCAAAGCCAGGAGCCCUGUGGAGCAGGAGAACAGACUCAGCCACCUGCAGAGCAGGAUGACCCUGAUGAAGAGGUUCAUCCACGCUCAGAGAGUUUACCCUGAGGACCCUGAAGAAGCAGUCAGGCAGUGUGAGCUGCUCCUGGCUGAACAGGACAUCGAGGACGCUAUCCGGCACGGCGACGUCCUGGGAUUUCUGGUCCAGCAUUAUGCACAUGUGCAGGAAUUCCACACAGCUUACCGGUACCUGGAAGAGAUGCAGAAAAGAAUUCCAGCCUCGAACCUGAGCUACUACGUGUCCCCACAGACGGUGGAGGCUGUGCACAGAGGGGCAGGCAUGGCCCCCAGCCCAGCCCUGCCACACACUGGCCACAGCAGCACCGACAACAGGGAGCUGGAAGAAGUGGCUGAUGAAGUGGAGGAUCCCUGA